UAUUUGAUAAUAUUUGUCUAUAUCUAGGAAUGUGAAGGAGUAUCUGCCCUGGCUAUCUCUCCUCCAGGACUCCAUAAAAAGAUCUCAAAUACAACCUCGGAGAAGAAACUAAUGACAAACCUCGCUAAACGACCUCCGGCAAAUAUUGAGUUUGAAAAUGUGAGUUUCUCUGUUGAAGAAAGGAGAAGUAUAUUCGGAUCAAGCCGAGGGUGUAAAACUAUUUUAAAGGGUGUGAGCGGGAAGUUUACUUCUGGUGAGCUGACCGCUAUAAUGGGACCUAGUGGAGCUGGUAAAUCUACCUUGAUGAAUAUUAUGGCAGGAUAUAGAUCUAGUAAAGUGGUUGGAAAUAUAACUAUAAAUGCAGUACCCAGGAACAUGAGGAAAUUUAGAAGAAUGUCAUCUUACAUCAUGCAAGACGAUUGCUUGUCCCAGCACCUGACUGUAGAGGAGAGUAUGUGGGUAGCUGCUAACCUCAAGCUAGGUGAAAGACUGACCGCCAGGGAUAAAGAGCUGGUUAUAUCUGAGAUCAUGGAUAAUCUCGGGCUCACAGAGUGUGCUCAGACACGUACAGUUAAGAUAUCAGGGGGACAAAGAAAACGUCUUGCCAUAGCACUAGAACUUGUCAACAAUCCUCCAGUAAUGUUCUUUGAUGAACCGACCAGUGGACUAGAUUCUGCCAGCUGUACUUCAUGUAUCACUUUGUUAAAGGAGUUAGCACGAGAAGGUCGAACUAUAAUAUGUACAAUUCAUCAACCCUCGGCAAGGGUUUUUGAAAAAUUUGAUAAACUUUACGUCCUAGCUGAGGGUCAAACCAUUUACAGAGGAACAGUGUCAGGGCUAAUUCCAUUCCUUGGUUCCAUGGGACUAGAAUGUCCUAGCUAUCAUAACCCAGCAGACUUUGUUAUGGAGGUUGCAAGUGGGGAGCAUGGUAUGUUUACUGAAAAACUGGUUACUGCAGUACAGAAUGGUAAAUGUACUAAUCUAUCUGAGGGCUCUAAACAUCCAACGGUAUCAAGAGAAUCAAGCAACAGACCAGGGGGAACAAUAUCUUUAACUAAUGAUAUUACAAAAUCCAGAUCAGAUGUCAAGAAUGAAGAUGUUAGAAUAUACCUGCCCCUAGACUCAGAGGAGACUUCACCUCUCUCACCAGCCAGUCAAUUGGAUCGAGAUAGAACUGAUCCUGAUGGGGAUUCUAACCCUGGCGGGGUCUCAAGGGAUAAAGAACUAGACGCUAUCGGAUCAAUGGAAUCUAUAGACGAACACUGUAAAAACUAUCCAACAUCCUCAUGGACUCAAUUCAAGGUUCUGUUUGUCAGAACAUUCCUCUCUAUUAUACGAGAUGAGACUCUCACCAAACUUAGACUUCUUUCUCAUGUAGCCAUAGGACUUCUCAUUGGAACUCUAUACUGGGAUAUAGGGAAUGAGGCUGGAAAGGUUUACAAUAACGCGGCAAUGCUCUUCUUCUGUAUGUUGUUCCUCAUGUUCACAGCAAUGAUGCCAACGGUCAUGACGUUUCCGCUGGAGAUGUCGUCGUUUAAACGAGAACAUUUAAACUGCUGGUACUCCAUGAAGUCCUACUACCUUGCCAAAACCUUCGCAGAUCUCCCAUUCCAGAUUCUGUUCCCCCUGGUGUACGUUGUGAUCGUGUACUUCAUGACCUCCCAGCCCCUGGAUCCAUCCAGGUUCUUUAUGUUCCUCCUCAUAUGUACAGUCACGAGUUUGGUUGCGCAGAGCCUCGGAUUGGUAAUUGGCGCAUCAGCUGAUGUGGCGACAGCUGUUUAUCUCGGACCAAUAACAGUUAUUCCUAUUCUUCUUUUCUCAGGUUUUUUUUUUUGA